CAGCACUGCAAGGUCAGGUCCACCUCUUUCCAGGUCCCAAAAUCCCAGCCUAGCAGAGGUGCACUUUGCUCACCUGGCACUGCUAGCAGUCAGUUUAACCAUCACACUCCUAAAUACACCAGAAAAGCUUGUAAUCAGUGGAAUUGCUCAGGGUGGCACCUACUGUAACAAGCAGUCACCCGUUCAAGGUUGCAAGCCAGACAAGGACAGCGGUGCUUUCGCCCGCAGCAGGCAGGAGAGCAGGAGACAGCCAUCUGCCACCUCUGUCACACCUCAGCAGCACCUGGCAGGCAGGUGACUGGUGGAAGGGAGAGACCUGUUCUUGACAAUGUCAAGAAGAAAGUUGGAGAAUAAAAGCCUUUCUGGCUUGUUAGACACACCUCUGCACACAGCAAUCAAGACAGAGAAUUUCCACAAUUUUUAUACUCUUGAAUCAAAACAGCUAGGAAGAGGAAGAUCUGCUGUGGUUAGAAAAUGUAUAGCUAAAUCCACAGGCCAAGAGUAUGCAGCUAAAUUUUUAAAGAAGAGAAGAAGAGGCCAAGACUGCAAAGCAGAAAUUCAUCAUGAAAUUGCUGUACUUGAAUUAAUGAAAUCUAAUCCUCGCAUAGUUAAUCUUCAUGAAGUCUAUGAAACAGCAAAUGAAAUCAUCUUGGUGUUGGAAUAUGCUGCUGGAGGAGAAAUGUUUGACUUGUGUGUCCCAGAUCUGGAUUACAGAAUUGGUGAAAGGGAUAUUGUAAGACUUAUAAGACAAAUACUUGAAGGACUUUGCUGCUUGCAUGAAAACAAUAUUGUUCAUCUUGAUUUAAAGCCUCAGAAUAUUUUGCUGAGCAGUGUCAAUCCUCUUGGUGAUGUAAAAAUUGUAGAUUUUGGUAUUUCCCGGAAGCUUGAGAAUUCCAGUGAACUGCGGCACAUCAUGGGAACAACAGAGUAUCUGGCUCCAGAAAUCCUAAACUAUGAUCCUAUUACCACAGCUACAGACAUGUGGAACAUUGGUGUCAUUUCAUACAUGCUGCUGACACAAGAAUCUCCAUUCGUGGGAGCUGAUAUUCAAGAAACUUACCUUAAUAUAUCUCAAGUUAAUGUGGAUUAUUCAGAAGAAACAUUUGCAUCAGUUUCACAGCCUGCCAAAGACUUCAUUCAAAAACUUCUCAUAAAAAAUCCAGAGGAAAGACCCACAGCAGCGGACUGUCUUUCUCAUUUGUGGUUGCAGCAAGGGGAGUUCACGCUCUUGUGCGGCCCUGAAGAAACCUGUUGCUCUUCUCAGAUGUCAGGACACGCAACAAAAUGCUCAGAGGAGCGGAAUGUGAAAUCCAGUUGUAAUGGUACCUGUAGCGACAAGGAAGACAAAGAAAACAUCCCAGAGGACAGCAGCACAGUCUCCAAACGUUUCCGUUUCGAUGAUUCAUUGCAGUAUCCCCAAGACUUCACGACAGACUUCUUAUGUUAAUGUGUAAUGCAGACUUUUAUAAAAUGAAUUCAGCAUAAUCUAUUCCAGUGGUGAAAAUAAGAUUAUGGCUUGCCAAUUCAUGUAGCAUUGGCGUACUGGAAAUGCACUUUGAUUCUUUUAUGCUGAUGCCUCCUUUUCUAUCCAUUGCUGGCAGUGGAUUUAACUCCUGAGAAAUUGGAGUUGUUGCGCCAAUAAAAUGAAUUAUUUUUUUUUAAGAAGAUAUAAAUAAAUAUUUUUGCACUUUUCGAUUUCUAGUCAAAAAAUGACGCUAGAGUGAACUAACUGAAACCUGAAAAUGAGUUUGUUUAAACUCAACCUUUGCCAAACCGUGGUUGAAUACAUGCAUGCUUUUAUGACUUGCCUUAAUAAGAAAUUGGUCUGAGCAGGGAAACUGAAUCUAGCUGUCUUACUGAACUUACUUGUGACCCUUCUCAUCACUUUAAGUAGAGGCUAAAGUUGGUAUGUUUUGGGACUGAUAAAUCUGUUGGGGUUGCUUGGAAAACUGUUUUCCCUCUGGUACAACUGGUAGUUAUGGAAAUGUUAUAUGGAAAUGUUAUAGACCUGGUCCUCUUAGGGGUUGUAAUGCACACUCUGUGGUUUUGCUGUGUUGGAUCUCUGCAGAUCUUGAAUAGAAAACGGGUAGACUGUCAGUCCUUGUGCUAGUGGACCUUGGCUUCUUACCAGUAAAUUGUUUGAAGAAGAUGAGGUUCCUAUGCUGAUGUGAAUAUUUGAUGAACUUACUAGUUUGCUGUUAUAAAACCUCUGAAAUAUUAUCAUCUACCUGUAUUGACCUUUUCCUUAUCUUAAAAAAAACAACCAGAACACCACAAAACAUCACAAAACACCCCCCUCCAAAAGAACAACCAAAUACACACAAAGGAAUCCAAAAACAGAAAGCCUCUUUAUAGUUAUAAGUAGUAACUGAAUAAAUUGAAAAUAGCCAUUUUUGCCAGUGAAGCUGGAAUUAACAACUUUUCUUUAUGUCCCUGUAAUGUAAAAGUGCAGUGCAUCUUUGUCAAUUAUUGUUACCCCUAAUGACUCAGCUUCAUGCCUACUCUGAGAAAUGGACUGCAGUGUGUUAGUAUUUAAAGACAAACUACCUGAUAAUUGUUUUAAUUUGGUUUGCUCAGUGGUAUUUUUUUUAAGUUAUGUCCCUUCCAAUUCCUGUUUCCAGGCUCUUAGGAAAUGCCUAUGUAGCGAGUCUUGACUUAGAGCAAUUGCCAGUGGUGUCUUAAACAGCCUGAAACUAAUACUGACAAAAUAAAUGCCUAAUAGUAACAGAGGCUGGAAGUCUUUUUGUGCAGGGAAUGUAUUAAAACUCUUACAGAUAUUUUGAAAAUAAGUG